GACCAAGUUUUCGAACUUCGAGCCCUGCACCGAUGGGAUGCAGUGAAUCAUGCGAGGGAAGACGCCGUGUUCAAAAUGCAAACCAUUCCGAGUUGUUUAGCAUUGCACAGGACCCUGCCAAAGAAGUGAAGGAACAGGACUUCUCGGAAUACCACAGGCAGCUCUUGGUGAAGGAAGAGAAUCAUAUGGACCAAGCACAUGGGUCAGCAAGAGGAACAUCGAAACCAUUGAAGAGCCACGAGGAUUGGUGCCACCUCUACUUUACCCUCCGAAACGCGCCAGCCAUCCUGGAGAACAUGGGUGAUGUAAGCUAUGGCGGCCACAUCAGGGCUGGAGAAAUCUUUACCACCGACCGUGUGCGGCAUGCUGAUUCGAUGAGACAGAUGCUUGCAGAUGUUGGGCAAGAGGAGUUUAUGGGUUUUGUGAAGAGUGCAUUACCUGCAGGACUCCAAGUCUCGAAACCUCUGGAGUUCAUCUUCCCAAACGGCACGCCUUUGUUGGCAAUGAGACUUGACAUCAAAUCCAUCCAAGCACUCCAAGUUGUGAGGAACACAGUCUUGAGCACUGAGUUGGAAAUUGCUGUGAACAAAAAACUGGAAAUGCAUGCAAAUGCAAAGUCAAAGUGGCAAGUUCGGCUGGACAAGACUUACUUCUGCAAGGUCUUUGAGAAGGAACUGUUGUCCUUUUCAGAAUUGACCAAACACCAAAAAGAAAAGCUCCAGAACAUCGAGGAAUUGCUUUGCUAUGGUCCUGUGCAUUUGUCGGCCGUAGCCAUUUUGGCUCAAGCCAUUUUGGCUCAAGCACGGUGA